AUGGAUGUUUUGCGACGCAUCAUUCCGCGAAAAAUGAAACGCGAUCAGUACUCGUUCGAGUUGCUCAAAAGCACGUCGGCGAUGGAAUUAUCGCGGCGAGACUCGUCGACGACGCCGCUUCCGCGACAUUUCUCGCAGUACGACAGUAUUCAGACGGCGCCGUCGUCGCAAACGGCCAUUUCCAAGAAGAGCGAAGAAGUGAUCGAUGUUUCCGAUGGCGAAAUGACGGAAGUCUCAUCGCUAAUUGGUUUCGUUGCGGGACCCCGUGAGCCGAGCUGCAGUUCAAGAUUCGCUCAAGAAGAUCCGCUUCAUGAGAAGGCCAUCAACGAGUGUCAUGCGAUACAAGAAAAGUCCGAUUUCGCCGAGGGGGUGCUGCUUAAGUGCAUUGAUAAGAAGCCUCUAUUCCCAUACCUCCACUUUGCACAAUUUCGAAAUCCCGACCAUUUGCAUCGAAUGCGACAAAUCGCCGAGUGCGUUCGCGAAUGUUCACCCACGCAGGGCAGCCUUUACGGCUCCUACGACGAAGUGUACAGUAUCCAGAAGACGGCGACCGCUGGCGAAUGCCGUCUGCCUGCUCAUCGUCAUGCCGGCUAUAUUGUUAUCGGAUUCAAAUUGCUCGACGAUGCAACAAAGCAGCAAACUCUUGAGAAGACAUGGCUCUCGUGGUCGGGAGCACGAGAAAUCUACAAACAUUCACCGAGAAGCUGGAAUUUGCGGCGGAUUUCUCUCAUGAAAUGCCCAUCAAAUUUCAGUCCCCGAAAUGGUGGAGCAUCAAGACCAUUCGCCUAUAUUCUGAUGUGCGAGUAUGGAUCGAUUCUGCACCCUUCGAAUACUAUUCAAGCAUUGGAUAUUUGCGAAAGACUGAGAGUUCGAAAUUGUGGGCAUAUCGCCUUAUACCAGGUUCACACUGCGUAUUCGAAUCCGAUUCCUCGUCAGUCAACUAGCAAUUCACCAUCGCGUUCAUCGCCCUUCGCGAGUCAAUCAACAACUUCAAAACGUGCUCAGAUGAUGCGCGGAUUUUCCCAAGACGUCGAUGUUCAACAACAAAUCGAGAUGAGCUCAAUGGCUCGUCGGAAUCGAAUGCUCCGUACUCGUGAGCGCAGUUUCCAGUAUCCCGAUGAAUACUAUCAUUCAUCAUAUCAUCAUUCCGACAUGCAGGAACCACUCUAG